AUGAAGAUCGCUUUGGUUAUGGCUUUGGCCUUAGCAUUGGUGUCUGCUGCACCAUCGUAUUUGCUCCCCAUCAACAAAGUCAUGACACCACAAAAGCGUGAAGACGAGAUCAGCGGUCGCUAUGGGGACCCCAAAAUCAAGCGUGAAGACGAGAUCAGCGGUCGCUAUGGGGAAAAAAGAGACGAGAUCAGUGGUGCAUGGGGACCCCAAAAUCAAGCUGGUCGCUAUGGGGACCCCAAAAUCAAGCGUGAAGACGAGAUCAGCGGUCGCUAUGGGGACCCCAAAAUCAAGCGUGAGGACGAGAUCAGUGGUCGCUAUGGGGACCCCAAAAUCAAGCGUGAAGACGAGAUCAGCGGUCGCUAUGGGGACCCCAAAAUCAAGCGUGAGGACGAGAUCAGUGGUCGCUAUGGGGACCCCAAAAUCAAGCGUGAGGACGAGAUCAGUGGUCGCUAUGGGGACCCCAAAAUCAAGCGUGAAGACGAGAUCAGCGGUCGCUAUGGGGACCCCAAAAUCAAGCGUGAGAACGAGAUCAGUGGUCGCUAUGGGGACCCCAAAAUCAAGCGUGAGGACGAGAUCAGCGGUCGCUAUGGGGACCCCAAAGUCAAGCGUGAAGACGAGAUCAGCGGUCGCUAUGGGGCCGACAAGCAUUAG